AUGGCCGACAACACCCCUCAGCCCGUCGCGCCCAUCUCGCGCACCACACGUCCCAUGAGCGAAGCUCUCCUCAACGAAAAGAACUGGCCGAGGCAUCCACAUACGUCAGAAGUGGACUUGGCGGACAAUGGCAAACCUGGCCCGCCUCACGCGACUACUGCCUACUUGAGUCGACUUGACACGGAGAUAAGAUGGGACCGCUGCCUCUCCUCUAUGCUCAUCCGCUCCGGCCUCGGUCUAUCAUUCGGUGUCGUCUUCUCCGUACUCCUCUUCAAGCGACGUGCGUGGCCCGCAUUCACCGGUCUCGGUUUCGGUGCCGGAAGGGCAUGGGAAGAGUGUGACAACUCAUUCAAGCGCGCGGCAUCACCCCCAAAAGACGGCCUUCGCAUUGUCCGACCAUAA